CGCCACCCUGAGAAAGGGACAGGAAGUCUCAGAGGCUGGGGACCUGAGCAGCACAUCGUUCUUGCAGGAACAACUGGUAGGAAGUUCCAGUUGAGAGCUCCCCUGAGCCGAGCUGGCCCACCAGCCACAACGCACAGGACUGAGCUGCAAGAACAGCAACAUGGGCAUCAUGUCACAGCUCAAGACCAAGGGAGCCUUUGAUGCCUUCACUUCAAAGGGCAUCAUUAUCUCUGAGGGAGAGAAACCUGGGCACAUCUACCAAAAAGAAGAUAACCCACAGGAUAGUCUGCAAAAAGAAGCCACAGUUCUUGGAAUCAUCCAGAUCCUGUGUUGCCUGAUGAUUUCAAGUUUGGGUGCCAUUUUGGUUUCUGCUCCCUACUCUUCCCACUUCAACCCAGCAAUUUCCACCAUUGUGAUGUCCGGGUACCCGUUUUUAGGAGCUCUGUGUUUUGCCAUUUCUGGAUCCCUCUCAAUUAUCUCUGGGAAAAAGUCAACCAAGCCCUUUGUCAUGAGCAGCCUGACCUCCAAUGCAAUGAGCUCUCUUGCUGCUGGAGCAGGUCUCCUCCUCCUCGCUAACAGCCUGGGAGCCCUGAGCAUUGUCUCUCAACUCUGUGACUCAAAACAGGAUUAUCCAUCCUCCUUGCCUUAUUCGGCGUACUAUUACGCAAUAUAUGAAGACAAGGACUGUCACCUGACUGGUGUCAGCCUAACAGGUGGGCUGAUGGUGAUGCUCAUCUUCACGGUGCUGGAGCUCUUACUAGCUACAUACGCUUCUGUCUUUUGGUGGAAACAAGUCUGCUCCAAUAACCUUGGGGGUGACUUUUUCUUACCUCAGUCACAAGAUCAUAUUCAACAUGUCAAAAAGAGUUCAAAGUCAUGGAUAUAAGUAACUCUUGGCCUCAGAGGAAAAAGGAGGAGAAACCCAGUGCUCACAGCAAAGUGUGAUUAGAUUCUCCUGAAAUUUCAGCUACUUUAGCACUGUAAGAAACUUCCAGUCUUCCAAAAUGGCUAUAAACUUUACAAACUUCUCUGGGUAAACUGAACAGAAAGUGUGCAUCUCCCCAUGGAUGAAAAGAUUCAAAAUGUGCACUCUAAGUCAUGUGGCUCUGCAGGCCCGUUUCUGCAUUGUUUUCAUAUUCAUAACACUUAAAUAUUACACAUUACCAAUUGUAAGAACAUUGCAAUUAAACAUACUUUUAAAAUAUGA